AUGAGAGGCCGUGAUCCAUGGGACUUCUAUGCAUUCGUCUCUGAUUAUUCAGCCGACGUCCUGGAAAAGAUUCCCCUGGCCAUGGAUCAUCUCAUUCAAGUGACUCGCCGCAAUAUCCGAGCACAGUCUACAUCUGCCUACACGGGCGAGGCAUGCCACCGGUUCAAACUCAGUGUUGUGGAAGAUGAGGAGACCUUGUCCGGUGCAUCAGACGAUCGCGUUCGCGAAGAGUUUCGAGCGCAACUGCGGACAUUACAGCAGCUCAAUGAAAAUGACUGGAUCCGAGCACCGGCUCGCAAUGACGCAUGCCUCGUGCUUGACAAACCUACCGUGUCUAUGCUAGCGGAUCUUUCCUUCCCCGAAGAACAUAAGACAAGACGGGGAAUUAUUUCACCCCAAAAGAAUCAAGGUGGUGGAUGCAUGGUGGAAGCGUCCAGCUACAAAUGUCCCCUCCUAUCGAGGCGUUGGACACUGCCCGAUCACUUCCCUUGCUCUAUUCUAGAUGCUGGUGACCAGUGCUGCCAACAGCGGGGCGAUGGAGGACCUUUGCCCUUUGGAAAGCUCUCUGUGAACUAG